CGGAGAUUUUCAAAGCAGGAACAAAAUGAUUUCCCUCUUACACUUUGCUACCCUCCUUGGGCUGACCUGUGCCACCUAUCCAACUUACACCACAAGUGGAUCAUAUCUUCCUUAUACAGCAGCGGGAACCCAGGGUCUAGGAAUCCAAACCCUCCCUUAUUCAACUGGUGGGAUAGGAAAUGUGGGAUUACAAACCUAUUUUCCAAGCACGUACAACACAUUUGGCAAUGGAUAUUACCCAUCAUCAACCUACCUAUUCAACACUGCUUCCUAUCCAACUGUGGUCAGCCAUUAUUUGUACUUUCCCGCUGGAAAUCCAUGGCAACCAGGUAGGAACUUUAUUGAUCUGAGAGUAAACCCCUAUCCUUGGUACUUGGGAUAUUAUGGAGGACUUGGAACUGGAUUUGGAAGCACCACUUUCCCAGGAACAUAUGAAACAUUUGGAAGUUCUUUAGGCUAUCCCACUGGCGGAUUUCUCAAUAAUGGGUUAACGGGAUUCCCCACCGCUGGGUUUCCAACUGGUUACAACUUCGGACUAAGACCUUCAUACAACACAUUCACAGGAAAUCUCGGAUUCGGAAACUACGGAUAUCCCGGAACAGGAGUUGGGGGAUAUUAUCCGACCGGAAAUCUAGGAGGACAAAUCCACAGAAAAAAAAUAUAUUGAGGAAGACCGAAACCAAUGGAAGACGCUGUGAAGUUUUGUUAUACUUUUAUACGACGUGUAGAAUAAAUUAGUUCAAAGGUG